AGCUCUACUUUAUAAACUUCCGGUAAAUUAAUGGUGUUUCCGCGGACGACGCACAUUUUCACGUGUAGAUGCACAGUUCGUUUACCUGAAUUCAGGGAUGAAUUGAACAUAUUUUGUUUGAUUUACACUUUUCAAGAUGGGAGUAUACCUUUCAUCACCUAUAACCGAGAAAGAAUCCAUAGAUGAACAAUGUGCAAGUUUUUGCUAUGGCGCUUCGUCGAUGCAAGGUUGGAGGAUAACUCAAGAGGAUGCCCAUAACUGCAUUCCAGAGUUUGAUUCAAAAUCAAAGACAUCCUUCUUUGCUGUAUAUGAUGGACAUGGAGGAUCAGAGGUUGCCAAGUACUGCGAGAGGCAUUUUCCAGAUUUUGUUAAACUUCUCAUCAAUUCACAAGAAAAGACAGAGGAUCCGGGAAAGAUCAUCAAAAGUGCAUUCCUGGCAUUUGAUGCCACCCUUACUAAAGAUGAUGUCAUCAAAGAACUGAAGGAGCUUGCAGGAAAAGAUGAUAAUGAAGAUGAGGAGGAUGAGGAUGAUCCUGUAGGACGAACAGAAACAGACAGACUGAAGGAGGAAGCUAAUAUGCCUCUAGAUGAGCUGCUUGCACAGUACGAGAUGACCAAGCCUGAGGACCCUCAAGGUGCUGGUACCAGUGGGGCACAUCCAGCUCUCAAAGGAAAGGGAACAUCCAAGGUGGCUACUGGAGAUUCUAGUCAAGGGGUGGGAAAUGGAUCUGCGUCGUCAUCAUCUUCACAAAAUACUGCUUCCACGUGUGUCCCAUCAUCAUCGUCUUCAUCAUCGUCUUCAUCGUCUUCUGCAGCAGAGUUGAGCCCUAGCUCUAAUCCCGUGCCAAACGGAUUAGAGGAUAAGAAUUCUAAUGGGACAGUUUCCUCCCAAACAGACAAAAGUGAGCGUGAUGAAGAGGAUAAAAAUAGUCGGACUAAUAACAAUAACAUAGAUAAAACAAGUGAGCCUUCUUCUACGACUGAGUGCGGUAGCAGCGCUGCCCUUUCCUCGGUGAAGUCAUCAGAUGCCAGUGCUGUGGCCAGUUCUUCUGCAGCAGACAGUAGUACUGAUGCUGGGAGCUCUGGGUCUCGUUCGAAAACUGAGGAAGUGUCUGCUUCUGGUUCUGGCUCUGGUGCGCGGUCCAGUAAAAUAAAGGCAGCUGCUGAGAUUGCUCUAGAUGGGGCGAUGGAUUCUAGCGAUGAUGACGACGAUGAAGAGGAAGGCGAUAUGUGGGAAGAUAUGAGUGAUGAUGAUGACGACGACGACGACGAUGAUGAUGAAGAGGAGGAAGAAAAUGAAAAUGAUGAAGAUGUGCCUUUAAUGGAUAUGUCAAAUGAAGAACCUGGUUCAGACAGUGGCUGCACUGCCUGUGUUGUUCUGAUGCAAGACAAAAAAGUGAUCGUGGCCAAUGCUGGGGACUCGAGAUGUGUGCUGGCCCGUGCCGGCAAAGCUGUGGAGCUAUCAUUUGACCACAAGCCAGAGGACGACUGCGAAAGGGAAAGGAUUGAGAAAGCGGGAGGCAAAGUGACUGCUGAUGGACGUGUCAAUGGGGGCUUGAAUCUGUCCCGAGCAAUUGGAGAUCAUGUGUACAAGAGGAAUAAGGAAUUGCCAGCCAAAGACCAGAUGAUCACAGCAUUACCGGACAUUGAAACAACCGAAUUGACCGAAGAUGAUCAGUUCCUGGUGAUUGCCUGUGACGGCAUUUGGAAUUACAUGUCCAGUCAAGAAGUUGUAGACUAUGUUUUGGAAAAGCUGAGAGACCCAGAGAAAAGGAAAAAACCCUCCAUAGUUUGUGAAGAGCUCUUUGAUCAUUGUUUGGCACCAAAUACUUUCGGAGAUGGCACAGGAUGCGACAACAUGACGUGUAUCAUCGUAGUUCUGGAUUCUUUCACUGGUGAAGUCAAUACCGCAGAAGAGGUUACCACGGAGGUACCGACACCAACUGAUUCGAUUCUCAAAGACUUUAAACAGCCGGAUGCCACCUCUUCAGAAGACUCGUCUUCCCAGUUUUCUGACCAGGACUCCCAGUCGGGGUCGGGAGCAAUCAAGCGUUGUGCUGACGAUGUUGACACUAAUAAAGGGAAGCGAUUAAAGCUGGAAGAGGAAGUUGCUUAGUUG